UGCGCGGGCCGGGCGCCGGCCGCGCGUGGGCGAGAUGGCUAUGCGGGCCCGCCGCGCCGGGAGCCGCCGCCCCCGCGCCGCGACCCCUACUUGGGCCCCCGGGAGGAGGGCUACUCGCCCAGAGACGGCUAUUCGAGCCGAGACUACCCGAGCGCCCGCGACCCCCGCGAGUUUGCUCCCUCGCCCCGAGAGUACACCUACCGCGAUUACGGCCACUCCAGUGCCCGGGACGACUGCCCGUCGAGAGGCUACGGCGACCGAGACGGCUACGGGGGGCGCGACCGCGACUACGCGGACCACCCGAGUGGAGGCUUCUACCGAGACCCCUUCGAGAGCUACUACGGGGACCUGCGCAGCGUCGGCGCAGCGCGGGGGCCCCCGCCUUCUUACGGCGGAGGAGGCCGCUACGACGACUACCGCGGCUGCUCGCCUGACGUCUACGGCGGCGGCCGCGACGGUUACGGCGGCGGCCGAAGCGACCGCUACUCGAGGGGCCGCGACCGGGUAGGCAGAGCCGACCGCGGGCUCUCCCCGCCCUUGGAAAGGGGGUGCCCUCCCCCGCGCGAUUCUUACAGCCACUCAGGCCGCAGGGUGCCCCGGGGCGGAGGCCGCCUGGGAAGCCGCCUGGAGAGAGGGGGAGGCCGAAGAUACUAAGUACCAACAGACUUGGGACCAAAAUUCCGUUUUCAAAGAAACUAUCGAAGAGAAGAGUCUGUGCUCUGGUAAACUACCC